AUGAACUUCUCUUGGAUCGCCACCCUCGCUCUCAUUGGCACGGCCAUGGCAGCUGGAAACAAUCUUCCCGCCGGUGCUCCUUGCACCAAGGACGGCAAGAUGGGCACCUGCCAGUCCGGCCUCUGCAUUCAAGAUGUCCACGCCAGCCAGGGUACCUGCAAAUAG